UGGGUUUUGGGAAGGGUCAAGGUCAGCCUAGGAAGACUCUUUCUUUUCCCUUUCUCUUCCCACCUACCUUCAUUCUCUGCUCAAUUUCAAUUUCAAUUUCAACAAUUUCAUUUUCAUCUUCAUUUGAGUUGUGUUUGCAAGUGUGUUGGAUGGGAACUCCCGAAUUCCCAGAUCUGGGAAAGCACUGUUCGGUCUCUGAUUGCAAGCAGAUCGAUUUUUUGCCCUUUACCUGUGAUCGCUGCCACCAGGUGUAUUGUUUGGAGCACAGAGGUUAUAUUAAACAUCAGUGUCCAAAAGCAGACAAGCAAGAUGUAACUGUAGUUGUAUGUCCACUUUGCGCUAAAGGAGUUCGUUUAGUUCCUGAUCAAGAUGCAAAUAUAACUUGGGAGAAUCAUGUCAACACUGACUGUGACCCAUCGAACUAUGAGAAAGUCACGAAGAAGAAAAAAUGCCCUGUCCCAGGAUGCAGAGAGAUAUUAGGAUUCUCAAACACAAUUAAGUGCAGGGACUGCAUGGUAGACCAUUGUUUAAAGCAUCGGUUUGGACCUGAUCAUAAAUGUCCUGGUCCCAGAAAAAUGGAAACAAGUUUUUCAUUCAGGAAUCUUUUGAAUGUGAGUAAAAAACAGGAGUCCAAACCACAGCCAAGUUCAUCUGCAUCAUCUAGAUGGUCUACGGGCUUUCUUAAUGCAGUUUCUAACAUUCGAUCAUCAGCAGAGGCUGGUGUGUCGAAGUUGAGUGAAGCUAACCAAGGCUGGUGGAAAGCAUCAGGUGGGGUGGGAGCUAGCCAGAGUAGUGGUCAAGUGGAGCAAUGCCCUCAGUGUGGUGCCAAGUUUUCCUCUGUUACUGCUUUGGUGGACCAUGUGCAAAAAGUUCAUGAAAGGAGUGGCAACCGAUCUGGACCAAAGGUUGCAAUUGAUGCUUGCCCUAAGUGUAGCAGAGGAUUUCAGGAUCCUGUUGCCCUUGUGGAACAUGUUGAGAGGGAUCAUGGUGGCAAUUCUAGAUCAUAAGGUUGUAUUGUUGAUGGAGCUCAAAGAAGAAGGAAUGAAAUAUAGAAGAGAGAUCACACAAAAGAUUUUAGAGUUUCUUUCCCCUGAAAUAUCGAUUUACAUGAACCUUUGUUUUAUUUUUGUCAAAGGAACUUGGACUGAAAAUUCAAAGAUUAACCCAGUGGCACUCGCAACCAAAUGAGAUUAACUCUGAAAA